UCCCGCCCACUCCCUCUUCCCCGUUUCCGGCCGCCGCGCCCUGCCACCGGGUUCUCUCCUCCUUCCUUUUCCUCUCUUUCCCAGUCCUCCUCGGGGCAUUGCCAUGGCUGCCGCCGCCGUGGGCACUUGGGCAUUCUCCCUGCCUGCGGUGCAGAAACUGAGAUCUCUGCUCAAGAACGGGGUUGGGGCUACGGACUCCUUACAGGAAGUGAUAGCAGAUAUUGAGGACAGUGAAGAAACUGGUCAAUACAUAAUUGGAAGAGGGGGCUACCCAAAUAAAAAUGGUCAGGUCCAGUGUGAUGCAGCUAUAAUGGAAGGUUUCCCUGGUCGAUUUGGUGCAGUGGCAGCCUUACAUGGGAUUGGAACUCCCAUUGUGGUGGCUCGAAAGGUCAUGGAUAAGUCAAUUCACAGUUUACUUGUUGGAGAAGGGGCCUUGGCUUUUGCUAGAGAAGAAGGUUUCAUGGAAGAAGAAAAUGAAUGUAUGCUAAGUCAACAAAGUGCAGAGGCUUAUCGGGAAUAUUUGGGGAAAAAAACAAACUACCAUGGACAUGAUACUUUAGGUCUCAUCGCCUUGGAUAUUUAUGGAAACAUAACUGUUGGUGUUUCCACAUCAGGGGCUCCCUUUAAGUAUCCUGGGAGAGUAGGGGAUUCUCCCUUGCCAGGGUGUGGUCUGUAUGCAGAUUGUCAGGUUGGAGCAGCAGCAGCAACUGGAGAAGGAGAUAAGAUCAUGUGUUUUUGUCCUUGCUUUCAUGUUGUCCUCCUAAUGAAACAGGGUUUAUCUCCCAAUGAUGCAUGUGAAUCUGUCAUUAAAGAGAUAAUUAAUCGAGUGGGAGAUGAAGAUAUGUUUGAACUUGGGAUUAUUGCAAUGAACAUAAAGGGAGAAACUGGAGCUGCUUCAUCGGUUCAGUUUACCUAUUGUUCCUGGACUCAAGAAAAGGAUUGUGUUGAACAAUUAAUACGAUCACCUUGCCAACAGUGAAAAAUAUGACAAAGCAUUUUAUUUUUACUGUUCAUUCAUUAGCCUAUUAGUUAGUUAAAUUCAUCUAGUUAAAUGUAGAAUAAAUUAAUCUUGAAUUCAUCUUUUUCCAUUUAAUAUAUUUCCACAUGCUCAUUUCAGACCUCAAUGAUUUUGUAGGUGCUUUAUUUCUUUGUUUUCAUAGCUUUCAUUUUUCAAAGCUAAUUUGGUUGUUAAGGUUGUCUGGUUCUUCAAAUCAAAUCAACAGAUUUUUUUUUUGAGUGAAUACUGCAUGAAAAACAUUUUCCUUUUAAGUGUGUAUGUUUCACCUAAGAAGUAAAAUGUUUGUAUUAGGAA